UUUCCUUCGUUCUACGGGAACGGCUCUGACUCGCGUCAAAUACGGCGUUCUGGGAGAGUUCGCCGUAUUUUACAACAUCUUGACACAUCGAACGGCGUUUUUUUCGCCAUCUCUUAACGAGACGGGUUGGAAAAGUGGCGUAUUGUGGCGGUUUUGGCUUGCCGGAUCAAGAUACACGGGACCCAGAACGCAACGCCACACCGGAAGCCCGAGUAUCAGCCGUGCCCCAAACAACAAUACCACGGAGUCACAAUAAGGGGAAGCCAUGGAGCCAGGGACCAGCUAGUACCUGCACGCCACCGUGAAGACUAGCUCUUCGGGGCUUUGGACCGACACGGCGGCGGCAUUCGGCACAUUUAGUUAGCGUUUUUGGGGAGGUGGGGGGCACAGCUGGGCUUCCCGUCGGCUCCACCGACCACGGCAGCUCCAGUUUGGUUAGUUUCCACCGUCCAGCAACACUCUACGUCUGAUUUUUGCGAUUGUUUGUGUGGUUCGGUCCGCCAGCCCCUGUCGGGGACACGGCUGCAGCCAUGCUAGCUGUCCGAAUCGUCACCGCGGACUACUACCUAUCGGCUCCCAUUAAAGGCCUGGAUGUGUGCUACUCGGAGUUCAGAGAGAGCGACGUGAGGAAGGUGCCGGUGGUGCGGAUCUUCGGAGCAACGCCAGAAGGGCAGAAGACAUGUCUCCACAUCCAUGGCGUGUUCCCGUACAUCUACGUCCCAUAUGAUGGCUAUGCCCAGCAGCCAGAGCGGUACCUGCGGCAGGUGGCCUUCAGCAUUGACAGGGCUCUUAACAUUGCCAUGGGGAAUCCAGCCGCAAGCACCCAACAUGUUUUCAAGGUGGUGCUGGUCUCUGGCAUGCCCUUCUACGGUUUUUAUGCCAAGGAGAAGCAUUUCAUGAAAAUCUACUUGUAUAACCCUCAGAUGAUUAAAAGAGUGUGUGAGCUGUUGCAGAGUGGAGCAGUCAUGAACAGGACUUAUCAGCCCCAUGAGGGUCACAUCCCUUACCUCCUCCAACUCUUCAUAGACUACAACCUCUACGGCAUGAACCUGAUCACACUGGGAGCUGUUAAGUUUCGCAGGAGCCAAAGUAAAGGAGAACCACCAGCAGAACCCAAUAGAACUGGUACCAGCAGUCUUCCCAGCAUUAGCCCCUGGAAGAGUCCCUGCAUGUCCACGCUAAAUGACAGCACUCCAGGGGGCGCUACGGUCCGCUGGGACAAAGACACUAUACCCUGCUCCUUAGUCCUGGAAGAUGUCGAAAGGCAGAGCACCUGUGAGCUGGAGGUUGACGCCGUGGCCGUAGACAUCCUCAACCGCCUUGAUGUUGAAGGUCAGACUGGCAGGAACCCUGGACUCCAGGCCAUCUGGGAGGAUGAGAAGCAGAGGAGGAGAGAGAACAACCAGCCAUCCCAGAUAGAACCCCCCCAUUCACAGGAUCGCGUGUCUGCUGCCCCCACGGAGAGCGAGAACAUCUUCAUUAGGAGACUGAAGGAGAUGCUGAAGGAGUCUGAGUUUAAAGUGACACCGGAUUCAUCUGAGGACAACGAGGAAUUCUCAGGUGAAAUCAGUCUGCACCCUGACCACCUAACCCCUGACCUAUCGCCAUGUACCCCUGCUAACGCUUUAGAGGUUCACAUGGACUCUCAGCCAGACUUUGUGAAGAUCAGAGGAAGAGUUCCAGAAGAGCCUGUUGUUGACAAAGAGGCCAUCUUGAAUCUGUUGGAGAGCAGUCAGACGUUUCUGCCACCCUCCCAGAUUUCCCAUCCUUUUCAUUUGACAGACAGUAGUCGGGAUACAUCCAUCAUUGAUUUGCUGGCAGGACUAGAGGACGACAGUUUCCACAGGACCCCUAUCAAGCAGGGUUCCCAGUCCCUCUCCCAUCCUAGUGCCAGAGGUUACCACUGUAACAGCGAUGAGGAGGAAGCCGAGCCCGAGCUGGAGAAAGAAGAAACUGAGCUCAGUGUGGUGAUGUCACAGCGGUGGGAUAACGAGCCCACCGAGAUCUCUGCUCCACUGAAGCUGCGAGAGAAGGACGCUGAGGAUAGCCUUAGUGAUGAACAAGACUUCUCUGAUGAAGACCUAGAGUGGAGCGGGAACAACACCUUGUUUGCUAAUCUCUCCAUCCCCCAGCUCGAUGGAGCAGCUGACGAGAGCAGCGAUUCAUCCCUGACCGACAGCGGCUCCGUGUCACAGUCUUCGCUCAUCAGAACAGAAAAGCUGCUGGACAAAACCAGUCCCCUGACUGGAGAAGCUGUCCACUUGGAGCCACCUUCAUCUGCUAAGAUCCUUGUAGAUUACCAACACUCUGAGCACACCCCUCUUCCUCGGUCAGACACAGACAAACCAGCUGACAAGCACCUUUCGCUCAAGAGCGGCCAGGACAGCAGUGGCGACUGCUCAGCAGGGUUUAAGUUCAGUAAGGAAAUCCCUUACAUCCUAUCAGUCAAACAUCCAAUCCCUUGUAAAUUAGCAAGCCACCCUGAGGCGUCUCCGAAUGACAGGGGCAAAGAAGACAUACGACCACUGUCCACAUAUAACAAAAACUCCGCAGUAACUGUGGAUAAGACCGAUUUGGAAGACUUCCAGUUUGGAAAUGGGAAAACGUUUAACGGCAGGAAGAGGUUUGGUAGUAUAACAAGUGUCGAAGCAAACCGUCUGUCCAUUUUACAGAAAUGCAGCAACUUCUCCCUGCGUUACUCAAACCUAACAACAUGCUCUGUGAAGACUGAGAUGGAAUUGAAUGCAAAGGAAAGGAAGAGCCCUAUUCAGGGCAGCAUCACCUUUGCUCCACCUCCAAUGGAUGAGGAGGGAUCUUACAAGUACGAGGAGCAAAUACCCCAGGAAAGUCGGGAAGGAGAUGGUGGCGAGCUCAACAUUAGGUACGAGGACUACCAGGGAAAUCAAACCGAGAAGACCAUUGUGGCUCAGCAGGAAGCUCACUAUAAAUUCUUCCCCACUGUCAUCCUCUCCAACUGCCUCAACAGAAAGAAAGCUGCUAACAAAAAUGUGGUAGAUGCCUGCAGCAAGCCGGUCCUGCCUGCAUCCUGCAGCUUAAAGCCUAAAGCUACCAAGAGAAGGUUAGGAAUGUCAGGGCACAGGAACAGAGCGAAGACAGCUCCAAGCUCCGACAGUCCCGCCAACACUACCUCGUUGGAGCUGGUACAACAACACGAGUCAAUACAGCAGAUGGAGCAAGUUAGAGAUGGUUCAAGCUCAGAUGUAAAGCUAAUCAUAGCGGAGGAGUCGGAACAUACUAAGGAGACUGAAGAUAACCAGACAGAACCUGUCUCCGAGCUGGAACCAGAGGAAGCCACGCUCUCCACACAUAGAACACUUCAACAGGAAGUUUGUGCUAAAUCGGCCUGUGCCAAGUCACCAGCACUGCCUUUAAAUAAAUAUGCCCUGAGGCCCAAACGGAAGAAGCUUUAUCAUAGAGAAGAUGAGGAUGGAUCUACUCCCCCCCCUUCUAAGAACCCACGCUCUGCCAAAGAAUGUCACGAAGAUGGUGGCGUUCCCAGUGGGCAGCAGCCAAAGAACCAGAGGAGGCGCAAAGAGAAAACCCCCUUUGUUAUUAAAUACAUUAUUAUCAACAGGUUCAAAGGACAGAAGAACAUGUUGGUGAAGAUGUCGAAGGUGAAUGCAGAGGAGCGGGUGGUGUUACUGACUCCAAACAAGCGGGAGAGAUACAAUAAGCUAGCUCCUCUCAAGGAUUUCUGGCCCAGGGUGCCAGAGUCCACUGCGGUCAGGUUUCCUGUCAGUGAGUACAAAGCCAAGAAGCAUCCCCAAAGAAAGACAAAGGUCAGCAGCACCAAAAAGAAAGUGCUCACCAGCUUAUCCAACCCCUGUGAGAGAUACGGCAAAGCCCUCGGUAGGACCAGAAGCCGCCGAAGGCCCUCUCUACCGCCUCCUCGGCCGUGCUAUUGUGAGCUGGCAGAUGACCAUAACAGUGAGUACACUGAUGUCAUGGCAGAAUUGGGCUAUCUUUCUGAUCGGUCUCUGAGCCCCACCAGGUCAACACCUCCACGCUGCUGGUCCCCAUGUAGUCCUCCAAUCGCUGGCGAAAGCUCAGAAUGGCUGAUAAACCCCCUCAGUGACCCGUGUCUGAGUUCUGCUCUUCACAAGCUGCAUGCCAAGUCUUCAACCAAAGCAGCCCAGGGGCAGCCGCCAACUCCCAAAACUAAGAAAUCCACCAUUACGAAAAUGAAACCAGGCAAAGCUGCUGCUGCAAGGAGGAACACUGCUACAGGUCCUCCAGCAGCUCCGAGGCCCAGGUGUAGAAAGAAAACGGACCAAUCGAAUUGUGGUGAUGGCUCCUCUCAACGAGCGCCUCCAGGCCUGCCGCUGUUAGGAGCUAGUAGCAACCGUCUGGAGCACUCCCAGAUGACGUGUACAGCAUUGUCCAUCGCAGCCCAGUUCAUACAACCCAAGCAGGAGGACAUCGAAUCUUCAAUCAUGAAAGACGAUGAAGGUUUUUCCGCUCCAGUUGAGAUGAAGCAACAAGGCUGUCAGACCACUAUGGUCAAACCAGAAGGGGGCCUUUCCUCCCUUCGUAAUGAGACAUCUUCUGGCCUUGCUGUACGUGAGCAGACCCUCCCCGUGAGAACGGCCGGGACAGACGGGCCUGCCGCUGCCACGGCUCAGCCUGCAGCCACACACACACAACUCACGAGGACCCCCCCCACUGCUCCUCUGAAACACAGGACCGUCACCAGGUCUACUACUCCAAAGUGCAAACGUCUACACACCAUCAAAGGCAAGCCCAGCUGUCCUCAGUUUCACGUUUCAGUGGAGCGGGAAGCUGGCGUGUCUAGUGGCUCUCCGGAUUCUGAGUCGGACCCGAGACCGGAGAGCUGCAGCUUUAUGGAGGACAGCCUGUCUCCAGAGCUUCCUCACAGCUACACAUUUGACAUCAACACUGUCCAUCAGACAGACUUCUGUAGUCCAAGCAGCAGCAGCCAGUUCGUCCUCACCGAUAAGAACUUACCCACGAAGUUCCUCAGUGAUGUCGGUCAGGAACCGACAUUUGCACAAGGUCUACAUGAUUUCCCCCCAAAUCAAACACUACACCACAUCUCCUCUCUAAGCCCUGAGCUGACUAAGGACCAACCUGCUGACCCUGAGCACAGAGAGUCUGCACCGCCCAACCACCGGGUGACAACGAAGAUCAAAGAGUGGGACUCAUUCUUCGGUAAAUCCCAGCUGUCCAGCCCGUUUCAAAGCUUUGAUUGUGAGAGGAAAGAGUUUCUUUUCUCAGCUUUGGACACGACGGCACCGCGGCCUUUAAGCUUGGCCUCCUUCAUGGACCACAAGGACUCACCAACUAGUCACUUACCGGAAAGCAUCGAAGGUCUCACUUCCACUACGCCCAGCGGCUCUCCUCAUUCCAUCAGCUCUCUGUCUCAGGUGGGGGCCAACCAGCUACAGCGGGGGGUUGGGGGCGCCGCUCACAUUCUCAAGCCGCUCAUGUCCCCCCCAAGUCAAGAGGAGGUCCUCGGCACCCGGCUGGAACUGGAGAUGUCCGAGGCCACCUUUCAGGAGCCUUUCUGCAGCGACCCAUCAGACUGCCGGGGCAAGCCCAUGGAGGUGGGGGGCCGUAAGCUGACGGUUGGCACCAGACUGGUGAAGGAGCUUCCGGAGUUUAGUGGAGAUCUGUCUUUGGAGGGCCUCCGUUUCUGGAAGACUGCCUUCUCAGCCAUGACUCGCCCUGCCAGCUGCAUGAUCUCAGCUUCUCUGAAGUCUGGGGCUAAACCAGCGUCGGACAAGAACAAGAGGAUCACACUCCUGCCCUGCAGAAACCCACCGAGCCGCCAGCAGGUCCAGCUGUGGCUGGAUGCCAGGAGACAGUACCAAAGUCUGCAGAAUGGGAGGAGCAAGCUGGAGAAAGGGAGGGGCUAUGAAGAGGAGGAGGAGCAAAAUCCAGAGAUUACCGGGCAGCCUGCAGGGAGCGCUGGUUCGCGUGGAAACCUUUCCAUCCGGGCUCCAAGGAGAAAGAAACUCAGCUUUUCCUCAGCUGGAUCCGCUGUGGCCGAUCCGGUUCCAGGCAGGACUGCUAUGGGUUUGCAAAAAGAUCAGGAUAAUGACAACGAUGCUCAGAUGUCCUCCCCAGAGCUCCCAGAGCUGCCUCCAUGGCAGCAGAACUUCUCAGAACCAGACCAUCUCAAGGCAGUCGAGCCCAUUGGAAACCCUUUAGAACCUCCGUCUCCCCGGUUCUGUAAGUCCCCAGAUGGAGGAGGAGGGAACUGUUCUCCACUUCCUCUUUACAGCAGGGGCAGGGAUGACGAGGAGACAAGUCCACACCUGCACAGCACCCCCUUCUUCAGGAAGAGGAGGAGGAGCAGAGCGGACUUGGAUCCAGUGUGCAGCACCCCCAUGUGUGAAGGAGUACCGGUUCCUCUCCCCAACAGCAGGAGGAGCCAGGCUGGUCCUCUCAGAAGAGUCCUACUCACUACUCAGAUGAAGAACCAGUUUGCUGCUCUGAAUGUACCAAAGAAGGACCUUUCUCAGAUUGAAGGUCCCAGCUUAGACAACUCUCAUGGUUUCAAGGUUAGCAUGCAGAACCUGCAGGAGGCCAAAGCUCUGCAUGAGGUGCAGCACCUGACGCUGAUGGGAAUGGAACUCCACGCAAGAAGCCGACGUGACCUUGAGUGUGACCCUGAGUUUGACCCCAUAUGUGCCUUGUUCUACUGCUUCCAUUCUGACGACCCACUCCAGGACGUAGGCAGCACCAGGCUAAGCGCGGCCAUCAUGGUGGACAGAACCCGUCUAGGUUGUGACCAGGAUUGCAGAGGAACGGCGCCGCCGCUGCUACACAGGUCAGGCGUCUCUGGGCUGCACGUGACAUACGUCAGCGAGGAGAAGACGCUGUUGGAGGAGCUGGUCUCAGUGGUGAGAAGGUUUGAUCCAGACAUCUUGGUGGGCUAUGAGGUGCAAAUGAAUUCUUGGGGUUACCUCCUUCAGAGGGCUGCAGCACUUGGAGUGGAUCUGUGCCCGCAGCUGUCCCGAGUGCCAGGCGACUCCAAACAGAACCACUUCUCCGCUGAGAGGGACGAGUACGGAGCCGACACCAUGACCGAGAUCAACAUUAUCGGACGGAUCACUCUGAACCUGUGGAGGGUGAUGAAGACAGAGGUGACGUUGAACAGUUACAGCUUUGAGAAUGUGGCCUUCCACGUUCUGCACCAACGCUUCCCACUCUACAGCCGUCGCCUGCUGUCCGACUGGUUCGACCACAGCACACACCUGUACAGGUGGAAAGUGGUGGAUCAUUACAUGACCCAUGUGCAUGGUACCAUGCAGCUUCUGCAGCAGCACGACAUCAUCGGCAGAACCAGCGAGCUUGCCAGACUCUUUGGAAUUCAGUUCCUCCAUGUUUUGACCCGGGGCUCACAGUACCGUGUGGAGUCUAUGAUGCUACGUGUGGCCAAACCCCUCAACUACAUACCCGUGACCCCGAGCAUGCAGCAGCGCGCUCAGCAGAGGGCCCCACAGUGCAUCCCGCUCGUGAUGGAGCCUGAGUCCCGGUUUUACAGCAACUGUGUGGUAGUGCUGGACUUCCAGUCGCUCUAUCCGUCGAUCAUAAUCGCAUACAACUAUUGCUUCUCUACGUGCCUCGGCCAUGUGGACAGCCUGGGAACGCUGGAUGAGUUCAAGUUUGGCUGCACGUCUCUUCGGGUUCCCCCUGAGCUCCUCCACCGGCUUCGUAAUGACAUUACCGUGUCUCCUGGCGGUGUCGCCUUUGUCAAGUCGUCGGUGCGUAAAGGGGUCCUGCCCAGGAUGCUGGAGGAGAUCCUAGGCACCAGGAUCAUGGUGAAGAACUCCAUGAAGAGCUACAAGCAGGACAAGGCUCUGAUGAAGCUUCUACAUGUCCGUCAGCUUGGACUCAAACUCAUCGCCAACGUCACCUUCGGCUACACCUCGGCCAGCUACUCCGGACGCAUGCCCAGUGUGGAGGUGGGAGAUAGCAUUGUCCACAAAGCCAGAGAGACCUUAGAGAGAGCCAUCAAGAUGGUCAACGAGACGAGGAAAUGGGGAGCGCGGGUGGUGUACGGAGACACUGACAGCAUGUUUGUUCUUCUGAAGGGAGCCACCAAAGAGCAGGCCUUCAGGAUUGGCAACGAGAUCGCCGAAGCCGUGACUCAAACCAACCCUAAACCCGUGAAGCUCAAGUUUGAAAAGGUGUACCUGCCCUGUCUGCUGCAGACUAAGAAGCGCUACGUGGGUUACAUGUAUGAGAGCCUGGAUCAGAAGGAGCCAGUGUUCGAUGCCAAAGGAAUAGAAACGGUCCGCCGUGAUGGAUGCCUCGCUGUUGUCAAAAUUCUGGAACGGUCAAUAAAGCUGCUGUUUGAGACCAGGGACGUCAGUCAGGUGAAGCAGUUUGUGCAGCGCCAGUGUGUGAAGGUUCUGGAUGGUCGGGCCAGCAUGCAGGACCUCAUCUUUGCCAAGGAAUAUCGCGGCAGCAGCUCAUAUCGACCUGGAGCCUGUGUGCCAGCAUUGGAGCUAUCAAGACGAAUGAUGGCGUACGACAGGCGCCUGGAGCCUUGUGUGGGUGAGCGAGUGCCCUAUGUCAUUGUGUAUGGGAUGCCGGGCGUGCCCCUCAUUCAGCUGGUCCGGAGACCCACGGAGGUUCUGCAGGACCCCAGCUUGCGCCUCAACGCCACCUACUACAUCACCAAACAGAUCCUGCCACCGCUGGCUCGCAUGUUCCAACUAAUUGGAGUAGACGUGUUCAGUUGGUACCAGGAGCUGCCCAGGGUCCAGAAGUCCUGCACCUCUGCUGCAGGUGUGAGGGAACCCUCUGAGAGAAAGGGAACCAUUUCCCAGUAUUUCACCACACUUCACUGCCCCGUGUGUGACCAGCUGACCCAGCUGGGGGUGUGUGCCCGGUGCCGUGCUGAGCCCCAGAGGGUGGUUGUCACUCUUCACCAAGACAUGAGGCAGUGGGAGAGCCAGCAGGAGCAGUUGCUGAAGAUCUGCAGGAACUGCAGCGGAUGUGUGGAGCGCCAGGUCCCCUGCACGUCCCUGGACUGUCCCGUCCUCUACAAGCUGUCCCGGGUCACUAGACAGCUCAACAAGGCCCCCUACCUUCGACAGCUGCUGGAGCAGUUCUGAUUGGCUCCUGCGUUCCAGUUGGUUUACAAGGACGACCACUGAACGUUAGGUUAACGGCAUUACUGCACCGAUGUUCUGACCCAACAGGGACCAGAACCCCGUUUACUUUCCGUUCUGGGACCUCUGAUGUCUUUGUGCACAUUCAUGAGUUUUUACUGAUAAACAGCAGGAACCAGGACGUGUCUGUAAAACAAAACACACACACUACUCUUCACGGUUUUUAAUGAGGUGGCUGUGGGCGGAGCUCUCACGUGUAAUAAACUCUUGUGGUGAUGAA